AUGUUGGCCAUGCACCAUCUGACGCCGGUGGAAGUUACCCAAAUCUCCAACCUGCACACGCUCAUCCUGGAAAUCAACAGCGAGGUAGCGCUGUUCCGAGACCUGCUCAUCCACGUCGGCCAAUCACGGGAUAGCCCCGAGCUGCGAGAGAAAAUUCGAAAGCUGCGCCGAUCCUGCGUCGAGGCCUGCAAACACACCGCCGCCCUAAUACUGCCGCAAAUUCGAACCGCGAUUGCGGAAGGCAUCCUGACCGACAACCCCCAUCUCGUGCUGCUGUUCUAUCUCGCUCAGCUCUUCCUGCGGGAACUAAUCAAAAGCCACCGGUUGGUGCAGGUAAUACCGAUGGACAUGUCCGGCUAUUACGAGAACCGCGCCGGCCCGUCCAAUCUGGGCAACGUGAUAAGUCAGAUACUGCUCUGCAAGCAAAUUACGCCCGACUUCAACCAGGAGGAGCUGUGCAGCAUCACGAAGGACUCGCAGGAGAUCGCCCGAAUACUGCAGGAGCUGCAGGAGUUCAUGCCACAGCAGGAAAACUACCUGGAGCGCUCCAUCGCCCUGACGGCCGAAAUCAACGGACCCUGGCCGGCGAAGCGUCGGCGUGGUUCACUCUACAAAAACAUGGGCCUGCUGUGCUGCGUAUCACGGCCAAACUACCUAUGA